CAGGACCCAGUGCUCCAUCAAGGAUAAUAGCUUCCAGUACACAAUCCCCCAUGACGACUCCUUGAGUGGCUCAUCGUCCGCCUCCUCAUGUGAACCCGUGAGUGAUUUCCCAGUGUCCUUCCGAAAGUCCACCUACUGGAUGAAGAUGAGACGGGCCAAGCUGGCCGCCCCGCCACAAGUGGAAGGCGCAGGUGCACAGGAAAAGGAGAAGGCCAAAGGAAAAAGGAAAAUCAAGCAGGAAGAAGAUGAAGACUACCGUGAGCUUCCUCAGAAGAAGCACAAGCUCUAUGGGAGGAAGCAGCGGCCGAAAGCUCAGCCUCACCCAAAACCCCAGGCUCGCCGGGUCCGGAAGGAACCGCCAGUUUAUGCUGCAGGAAGUAUGGAGGAAAAAUGGUACCUAGAAAUCAUGGAUAAAGGCAGUGUGUCCUGUCCUACCUGCCAGGCAGUGGGGAGGAAGACUAUAGAGGGUCUGAAGAAGCACAUGGAAAACUGCAAACAGGAAAUGUUUACCUGCCAUCAUUGUGGGAAACAGCUUCAUUCACUGGCAGGGAUGAAGUAUCAUGUGAUGGCCAAUCAUAAUAGCUUGCCAAUUUUGAAGGCAGGAGACGAAGUAGAUGAGCCAAGCGAGAGGGAGCGGCUGCGAACAGUUCUAAAGAGAAUGGGAAAGCUCAGGUGCAUGCGUGAGAGUUGUUCCAGUACCUUCACCAGCAUCAUGGGAUAUCUGUACCAUGUUAGAAAAUGUGGCAAAGAGGCAGCCGAGCUGGAGAAGUUGACCCUGAAAUGUCACCACUGUGGAAAACCAUACAGGUCAAAGGCUGGGCUUGCGUAUCACAUGAGGUCAGAGCACGGGCCUGUCUUCUUCCCAGAAUCAGGACAGACAGACUGUUUGAAGGAGAUGAAUCUGGAAGCAAAGGGCGGAGGCCGAGUUCAGCGGCGUUCUGCCAAGAUAGCCGUGUACCAUCUGCAGGAGCUGGCCUCUGCUGAGCUGACCAAGGAAUGGCCAAAGAGGAAGGUGCUCCAGGACCUGGUACCUGAUGAUCGGAAGUUGAAAUAUACUCGCCCUGGGUUACCUACAUUCAGCCAGGAGGUACUGCACAAGUGGAAGACAGAUAUCAAGAAGUAUCAUCGCAUCCAGUGUCCUAACCAGGGAUGUGAGGCUGUCUACAGCAGUGUAUCUGGCCUUAAAGCUCACCUGGGCUCUUGCACACUGGGCACCUUUGUGGCUGGAAAAUACAAGUGUCUUCUGUGUCAGAAAGAAUUUGUCUCAGAGAGUGGCGUCAAGUAUCACAUCAACUCUGUCCAUGCUGAGGAUUGGUUCAUUGUAAACCCGACCACCACCAAGAGCUUCGAGAAGCUGAUGAAGAUAAAGCAGCGACAGCAGGAAGAGGAGAAGCAGCGGCAGCAGCAAGGGAGCCGGCGGUCUCUGAGAAGGCAGCAGCAGCAGCAGCAGCAGCAGCCGCACCCCGAGCCUCCAGAGAGCCAGCCGGAGCCGAGGGCAGGGAAGGGGCAGGGCGGGAAUGAGGAACUGGUGGUGUCCGCUUUAUGUAAGGGGUCAGAGCAGGAGCCAGUGCCAGCGCAGUCCCAGAAAGCAGAGCCCGCCAAGACCACUCACAAACGAGGGAGGAAGUAGGCACUGGUCUUGCUCCUAGGAGAGUGGGUGUGAUGCUGUUGUCAUGGAGACGUGUGCAGGGGAGGCCUGGGUCCAGGGGCUGGGUGAAGAUGCUGUCAGAUGUUGCUGCUGGGCUGUGGCUCUCAGCUCCUCUGUGUGCAUUUCACGGUCUUCCUGACUAGUUCACUUUCACCCCACCCCCCCCACCCCCCGCCUUAGUAAAUUCAUCUUCCCGUUAGAGUCCUUUUGCUUUUUCUGUUGUCCAAAGAGGUCCCCCUAGAAAAGCAUCUGCAGGUCCCCGGGCCCUGCGCAAGGUUAAGAAACCUUCGGCUGGCUUUCUUUCUUCUUUCCUGCCCGGGUUAUGAAUGUUCUUGGAGUCUUUGUUGAUUUAGUGGCGACUCCAUCAUCUAGCUCAUAAAACAGAUCCAAACUGAUUUUUUUUUUUAAGCCAUGACAUGUUUUAUCUUUCUGCAUUUGUGACAUAGAAGAUUAGAAAGGAGAGCCGUCGCUUUUGUUGUAGUGUGACCCCGAACCCCGGGAAGCAGAAUCUGACGGAGGAUACUUGUCUGUAAUUUGAUUUUACUGUUGAGGAAAGAAAAUGAUGUAGCAUGAAAAAGCUGGACGCUCACUAUGCUUGGAGCAGGGACUAACUGGACCCACAGGCAUGAAAACACAGCCUCAGGGGUCUGUCCCACACACUAAGGUGAGAAGGAAGGGCAGGGCAGGGGCAGGAAACACUGCCCCACUUUCCUGGGGUGCCAGUUUCAGUGCCCCAAAAGCCCGACUUCGCUCCUUGGUUUUAAGGGUUGGGAAAUGACUCAGUCCCCCGCUGUGUUGACUCGGUGCCCUGGCCUCUGGAAAGGCCACUGGGGUUCAGGGUGUGCUUGCCCUCUCCCUGCACUUACCUCGUUAGGCCACGCCCACGUGUGUCCUCAGCCAGGGCAUUGGCCCGCCUCUGUCCCUGAAUACUCUGAGAAUACUGUCCUACUGUUUUGUAUAUGGAGUUCUAUCUGCUUUAUAUCGUGAGCUUUGGACACCAGAUGUAGAUAUUUCUCUGGAGCCGGAAAGAAUGGUCUCUCUCUGUACCUCAUGCCUGUCUGGUGGUGUUGAGUGGACUCUCUCCCCGUGAGGGUGGGUAUCUUUGGAACAUGGGUUAGAGUAAGUAGCCUUGUUGUCGUGUUCCUGGUUCCUCUUCCUCCUCCUGUGUAAAUACUGUUCUCCUCUAUUCCUGCCUAUUGUGUGGCACGUGCCACUCACAAUGUUAACCUUGAGGUGGACAAAUACUACCUUUUCAAACUCGGAAAGGCUGUUCGCCACCCGCAAGUCUCUGUUCUCUGUGCUCCUCUAAAUAGCUUUAUCAUGUGUGCUUUGUGAAGACCACUUUUCAAUAACGGGGCAUUAAAACUUGAAUUGGGCACUGCCAGAAGGGGUCAUUUUGAAGCAAGUUGAGGAAAUGAUGUCUUUGUGCUGUUUUUGUUCCUACUUACACCCUUGAAGGUCCUGUAGUAGAUGAGGGUCGUCGAGGGGAGAAAUGAGAAGCUAUGUUAAGUUCCGGUGACAAGGACUUGGAUAAUAUUUGACAAUGGCAAAUAAAAUGACUCAUUAGAAAGUC